GGAAUUCGUGCCCAGACCUACCUCCGCAAACUUCGGUCGCGUGAGCUGAGCUCACCAUGGCGGGGAAGCCUUAGGCUUGAACUUGUGUUGAAGCCCCAACUUCUUGAAUCGAUCUUUUCUGCAAGUGGCGCCACAUCAGCAAGGAGGAACGCCACUGCUCAUCAAGUUCUGUUUACAUCAUGAAGGGAUGCAAUGCUGACAGCACGCUAUGACGGAGGCAAAGCGGAAGCGCCUUUGCUGGGCCGUGUGCGCUUUGUUUCUCUUACUUGCAAGCGCGGCGGUGUGUUUCCAGCUCAUAGAAGACAUACAGCUGGCGUUCUCCUCCCAAUGGUCGGUGGUUUACCUGAGCCUGGACAACAGCUGGGUUAGGAGCGUUUCGGGCUACAAGAGCGCGCCAGGUGGCGCCCACGCAUUGGAAUAUGAAGAGAGGUUUAGGAGGUGGCCGGGGGACAAGACGUGGCUCGCCGACAAGUGUGGUAAUUGGCAGGAUGAGUACACCAAGUUGCACAACAGCAUCAUAAAUGGAACAUCGCCCCCCCGUUAUGCUGUCUCCUUGUACGUCGAAAAGACGGGCCUGGCCGACAAGCUAACCGGGAUCAUAACCGAGUUUUACUACGCACUGCUGACCCGGCGCGCGUUCCAGAUUACGCACGGGAACCAGCCCCCGUUUGAAGCAGCCUAUGACGCGCCUUUCAUAAACUGGACACGACCAAAUGACUUUGUUGAGCCAAACGGCCCCUUUUGGGGAUUGGUGAACAUGGACGAGGACAGCGUGGAGAUCUUCCGGACGCAGGAUCUGAGGGAGUUUCCGGAGGGGACAGCGGACGCAGAGACAGUGUACAUCCAGUCAAAUAGGGGGCGCACGCACGUGCUCUUUGAUAACCCGUUCCAUCGGCAGCAGCUAUUGGACUGGGGCCUGCGGCCGGACACCGCGUUUGCGUGCGCGUACCACUACCUCUUCUCGCUCACGGACCGCAUCUCGCCCGAGAUGAAGCGCGAGAUCAGCGUGCUUGAGGGAGCCAAAGACGCCCUCAAGAUUGGGAUUAUGGUCCGGGUCGGUGACCACGUGUUCAAGGGUGACGACGAUACCCCCCUCGAGACGGCCGCCGCUGACCUAGCCUGCGUGGAACAAAUUGAGGAGAACCGGCUCCGCUCGGGGCAACAAGUCCUCUGGUAUUUUCUUUCGGAGUCCCUCACGCUGCGGCAAAAAGUCAAGGAACGGUACGGGGACAAAGUGCUGACGAACACGGAGCGCGUCGCGAAGCACCCGGACUGCACGCUUAACGGCGAGAGCUGCGCUCAAGCGGAGCGCGACUCGGCGGCCGCGGGGCUCGUGUUCGGUGCGGCGCAGGUGCACGCGCUGGCGAUGACGGACGUACAGGUGUUUACUCGGGAUAGCGGCUUUGGGCGCAUCGGGGCGUGGCUGUCAGCGGUCAGCCACUGCCACCCGCUUGCGCUGUACGCCAUAGCUCAACGGCAGCCGCGCUCGUGUUCCAUCGGUUCCUCCGACGAUCUCCGAGCGUCGUCGCUCGAGUGGGCCGGGAUCUGACUCAUUCUUUGUUCGUCCGCUAUCUAAGAAGCCGUUUCUACGUUGUGAGGAUCGGAUCCUACAUUGGUGGAUCUUUCUGCGCCGGAAAGGCGUCGCGUCAAAUUGUGUAGAACGAGAACCGUGCUUUCGAGCUUGUGGUUAAUUUAUUGGUCUGUUGGAACUUUUGAGAACGAUAUGGAGGGUUAUCUCGAUUGAUAGAGGUGUCGAGCGAGGUCGGUGUCUAAGUUGCGCUAGUAUGGAUUUCAGUAGCUUUUAUUGCUCAUGUGUCUAGCAGCCGGUACCACAAUAACAAUUGAACCUAGUCGCUCAAUUUGAGUUUUGGGCCAAGGUAAACUUCAGAAUCCAACAAAGUGUGACCAUGUCGAUAAACCUUAUCCUAGCCAUCUGUCCAUGGCAAUGGUUGAAAGCACUGAAUCCAAUCCGAUGAUUGGCCAAUGGAUAAGGAGCGUUGGAGAUACUUCAGACUUGAGGCGAUUUUUGGAAUCAGCUGACGGGUGAGACAUUUACUAACGUGCAGCCACAUGCAGAUCUGAAUGUUGGAAGUCCGCCCGUUGUGUGGCUUGGUA